UACAAGAUGAGGGGGAUUUUCCUACGAGGAGUGACUCUGGAGGAAGAGCCUUUUGUGAUGAAACGGGAAAACAAAGACGGCACGUACAAGUACAGCGGCUUCUGUAUCGACAUCUUGAACGAACUGGCCAAGAACCUGGGUUUCACGUACGAGCUGUACGAAGUGCCUGACCACAAGUUUGGCGCCCCGGAAGGAAACGGUUCCCAUUGGAACGGCAUGGUGGGAGAGGUCAUGUACAACCGAGCAGACAUAGCCAUCGGGCCGCUCACUAUCAGUGCCAUCAGGGAACGCGUGGUGGACUUCACCCAUCCCUUCAUGGACCAUGGCGUCGGGAUGGUCUCCAAGAAACCCGAGCCUAAGGGCAGCGGUAUCUUCGGCUUCCUCCUGCCGUUCGACAGCAGCGUGUGGUUCUCUAUCCUCGGGGCUCUCAUCGGAGUAGCGCUGCUGUUAUUCAUCACAAGUAAAGUCAGACAUAAGAUGCGAGCUGGCGAUGUUAACUAUGACAACGACGAGAAGUUCGACUUGAAGAACAGUCUGUGGCUAACGUAUUGGUCAAUAGUCAGAAAAGGCGGAGAGCCUGCCCCCAGGUCCCUCCCGUCCCGGAUCCUGACCGGUGCCUGGUGGCUCUUCACCCUGAUCGUCAUCUCCACCUACACGGCCAACCUCACAGCCUUCCUCACCGUCAAGAGACUGGUGGCGCCCAUCAACAGUGUGGAGGACCUGGUGUCCUCCUCCGUGCCUUACGGCUGUGUGAAGGACGCCUUCCUCUACAGCUUCUUCCGAGCGCAAGCCAACCUCAACGGCAGUUCCUCUGUAUGGGGGAGGAUGUGGCACGCGAUGACGGCGUACGACGAGUUUCCUUACUCACCUUUCAACGGGAUUGAAAUCGUCAAGAGGGGGCAGUUCGUGUUUAUACAGGAAACCCCAUUCUUGGAAUAUGUCAUCAAGAAAGACCCGCAGUGCGAGCUGAUGAUGUUGGGAAAACCGUUUUUGUACAAGGGGUACGGAUUCCCGGUCAGAAGAGGAGACAACUAUCUGAAAGACAUAUCAGUAGAGAUACUGAAGAUGCAAGAGUCAGGACUUAUUGACCAAAUCAAAACAAAAUGGUGGAACAAAGAUGGCUGCCCCCUUGAUGGAGAGAUUGCAAAUGUCAACGAAGUCACAGCACUGGGCAUAGAGACGUUUCUAGGCGUGUUCUACGUGUUGCUAGGGGCGUCUGCACUAGCCCUCCUUGUGACUAUUGGUCAAAUCAUACACAAGAAACUCACCAAGAAAAAAAGACCGAGAAUGAUCAAGCUAGAGGAGCUGCAGUCAGCCUCUACUGUCAGGCUUACGUGACCCGAGCCAAAUUUCUUUCUGUAGCCGUCAUCCCCACCUCCUGGCAAAAGAUGCUGCUGCAGCCAAUGGCAGUAGCGGCACAGCACCACACAUAAGCGCCACCUAUCGGAUAAGAAAGGAACUGAAGGCCUGCAGCAGUCCACUUUUGCUGCGCGCCAUUCUAUUUAUUAAAUUGACAGCAGUGCAGUGGGAGUCCUUCGAUUCUUAUAUAGUCCAUGAAUAUCAUUUUUGUUUGUGUGUUGUUAAUAAAAGUAAACAAUCCACAUGGGUGUAAAUUGCUCUUUUUAUGUACAAAAGCAAAGAGGGUCUUUUUAUUUGUACAGCUCUUUUCUAGCAUCUCUGUACCUAUAGCUAGCCUGGAUGGUACUUUUAUAACAGAUGGUGUUAUCUUAAUAUGUUCCUCCAUUGAAGACAUAGAGAUGAUAGAGUUUUACACUUUAAAGUGUUAUCAAAAGGCAUGGUGUAGUGAGACUUACAGGUAAAUGGCCUUUCAUGUAUUUUGUAAAUAAUGCUGCAUGCCAUUGUAAAGAAUAUCCUGUAAGGAAUUGUGCCCUAUGAUUAGUAACUACAUAUCAGGUAUGAGAUUGUAACAUUAGACUACUCUUCAUGUUUAAAAGGAGAGAUAACCAUUGUUUUAAUUUUGUUUCAAUGUACAACCCUUUGCUGUGUACUUUUAUCAUCUACUUAAUUCAAUGAAGAGAUCUCAGUUUAAACCUUGGUGCUGCCAACCUUUCUCGAAAUACCUCCUAUUGAUAAUCCGUGCUGGCAUAUCUUUCCCCAUUGCUUAAACCAUUUUCAAAUUCCAACUUCAGUUUAUACGUUGUUCAUUACACUAAUCGUAUUCCUCCAAGUGCUUAAGUCGAAUAUGGAUAAUUCUGUUUAUUUGAGGGCAUGCAGAUCAUGAGAAUCAGUGAUAUUGUUUUGCAAUCCAAGUGAACACUCAAUGAAAAUUGGAGGCCAGGUGGCGACUAUAGACAGCAUUCUAAAUGCCCUUUUCAAUGGAAAGAAAUACUUUAGGGACAACAAUGUCCAGGUCAAUUAGUGAUAAAUAUGCGUAUCAGAUUCUACAUGUACCCCAGUAUUUCUGAUGGAUCAAAACUGGAAUACACUUCUUAAAACAUUUUGAAGACAAACACACCCAUAUAUCAACUUUGUCACAACGUUGAGUACCUACCCCUACUACGCUGAGUCACUACCCUUAAAACAAAAUAAGAAUUAACAAGUGGUAAUACAUGUAUGUUCGAAAUGCAGCGUUAUGCCUCUAGCUAAAACAGCAAGUGACAACAUAUGUCUAGUUCAGAAUCACAAUGGCAUCACCUUCGUUUGUUAGGUGACUACAAGUUGUCAAAACUAGACCAAGCCUUACAGUUUUCAUGAUAAUUCAAAAGACUUUGAUGGUGGGCAGAAUCACAGUCUGUUUCUAAAUAUAAUACUCAUGGAUUUUAUUCGUAAUGUUAAAUGUUCAUUCUAGUAACGCUGAAGAAGAGUGGUAGAUGCCACUCGAAACGUCUAGAAGUAAAUCUCCGUUUUUCUCCAGUUGUAGAGAUUGAAUUGUAUUUGAAUAUUGUUUGCCUGGAUGUCAAACCUUCAUAAGCGUAAGAAAGUAGUGUCCAUGUAAAUACCUAGAGUGUGAUAUUUGUACAUGUACUACUUUUACAUUUCUACUUACUUCUAAUGUACAUAACGUUAGCCACUGACAUAAGAUAUAAUAGACCUGGAAAUAUGGUAGGGGUAGGAGGAAAUGUGAAGGAAAUACAGGAAACUUUAGACAUGUAACGUUAUUACAUUUCUGUAUUUUAGAAACAUCCAUAGCCUGUUGUCCAUACUAUUGUAGCUAUCCUAUGAUCACUUCCCCGCCAAGUAGUCUGGUACCCUUCCUUGUAUAAACCAACAUGCUCUACAUUCUCCAACUAUCGAAGUAAAACAUGUACAUACUAGUUUACACCACUCAUUGUAGUCACCGAUUGUAGUUCUGCUUUUAUCACCUUGCCCUGCAGCUGUAACUAUAUGCAGCUGUAAGAGCAACAAUAAAGGUGUCUCAUGCACUUAUGUUCACUCUGUGGGCACUUUGGUACUAGACUACUUUGGCAAAGAAGCAAUAAGAGGAAACAUCCGAUGAAGAUGGAUAUC